UUCCAUUUCAAUGCUGAAAGCAUGUUUGAUUCCGUUUUAGAGUUAUAUAGGUAUUCUUAAUUCUAAAGGCUAAAUUUGGCGUUGUAUCUUCCUCCCAUCCUUCGAAUUUAGAUCGUCAAAAAACCUUAGGAUGACGCCAAAAGAGCGGGAAUCCUGGAUUGCUAGGUAUGCAAAUAAAUACCAUGCAUGGCAUACAACUACUCUCAAUGGAAAGAAAGUGUAUCAACGGCCCCUAGGACUAGUGGAGUGGUCUUUCGAUACUGAUGGAGUCGAAUAUGGAGGUCGAGCAGACAUGAACGCGCUCCUUGCGCUCGAGAUUCGUCAUUCCCUCUCCAAGGAAGACUACCGCCGAAGAAUUGCUCUGGCUUGGGCUAACCUGCGUCUCCAACAUGUUAUGCUCCAGAGCAAAGUCUAUGAAGAUAAAGAGACUGGUCGAAGGAACUUCGUAGUAGAGCUUCACGGUAGUCAAGAGGAUGUUGUAGAGGAGGCUCUCCGGUCAAUAGUCUGGGUCGAGGACUCUUACCCAUCCGUGGAUGCCUAUGAACUACACCGGCAUAGCUUGAACGUUGGUCGUAUCAUUGACCCUUCACUAUGCCUGUCACGUCUACACGUUCUUCCCCUCGAUCCUCUUCCAAAUGGCAACUUCCUAUGUCGUUUCCUAGUCGUCAUGGCGCACCAAAUAUCUGAUGGCUUGUCCGCAUAUAACUGGUUCAGACACUUCUUCCACAUCCUUAACAUGCCAGCCGCGGAGACUGAACGAGAAAUCAAGUUCUUCAGGUCCGCAGAGAACAUUGCAUCGCGGCUUCCGCCCGCUCAAGAGGAUCUGUAUCCGCCAAUUUCGGGGAACAAGGCAAGACAGAGAUGGUUCUGGGCGGUCCUGAGAGUCUUGAGACAUGUUCGGAAAACGCUUCCGCGGACCUUUAUUAAUCCGCUUCGACGAGAGGAGAGGCUUUUAGAGGCUGUAUCUUUUCCACCGACCUUCUCCAAAGUAUUCGACUACUCUGCCGACCACAAGCCCCCAAUGAAUUCUUUUCAUUGCGUCACCUCUCUCUCUAAACCCGCUUCUCAACGCCUCAUCGACAUAUGCCGCUCUAUUAACGUUAGCGUCGGUGCAGGCUGCUUCGCACUGGCCGGAAUUUCCAUGAUGGAAAUGGAGGAACGCCUUCACCCAAGCACCUCCAACGCCGAACGCCGUCCCUUCUCCGCAUCAUUCCCGCUAAACCCCCGAACUUUCUUUGGAUAUACCGCACCAGCAGACUCGUGCAUGUUAUCAUUCAGCGAUGGAAUUGUCUUGCCGUUCCUCCCCUCAUCCUUCCCAAUGGAAAGUCGAUUUAGGCUGAUAGCUAGUCAAGCUAACCGACAAUUGAGAGUGUAUCAGAAGCGACUGAAAUCCGCGGAAGUCAACAUCAGCCUGGAACCAUAUUCCCCUGGCCGGUUACUGGCAAACGGAUAUCUCUUUCAGAUUGAACGCGGCUCAUACCCCGCAAACAUUGGCCAAUUUGGAGCUACAUGUGGGGUCAGUUCUGUCGGCUCCACGGCAAGCUUCUUCAGGCCAGGUUUGUACGGCCUGAGUGAUGUUGGAGCUGUGAGAGGGAAGGACUUUGCGGCAGAUUUUAGAAGUUUGAAAAUGUGCGUGAGAGCAAGAGAGAAUGAGUUUCUGGUUGGGAGUUCGACAGAUCAUGACGGAACUGUUAGCUUCAGUGUCUCGUAUGAUGGCAAUGCGAUCAGCGAAGAAGCUGCGGAAGCAUGGGCCGAAAAGAUCAGAUCACUCCUUGAGGUAGGAGAGAGGCCCAGGCUCUGAAAUCGUUGAUAUCUUUCGAAGGAGCCGAACAAAAGUAGCAUCUUGGCGGCUUGGAGGGAGUUUCUUUUCUUGUCUCAGAUCAGAGUUGUUGCAGCACCGUUGGCGAAUUC